UAAAGGCUCCGGUCGCUCCGCCAUCUUUGUCAGCUACCCAUUGUUCACUCUGGAGCUAACAGCGGCGGCAAAUCAUUUCAUACUGCGCAAUAAAACACUUUGAGGGGGUCACAGGCAACUGCCCGCGACAGUCGUGGAUUUGCUCUCAGGGUUGCGACUUGUUCUCGGCCAGCAAGUUCAACAAAAUGGACGAUGACCAGCCAAAAACCCUGUAUGUUGGGAAUCUGUCCCGGGACGUGACAGAGGCCCUGAUCUUGGAGUUGUUUGGCCAGAUCGGACCCUGCAAGAGCUGUAAAAUGAUAGUAGAUACGGCAGGUCAUGAUCCGUACUGCUUUGUGGAGUUCUAUGAGCAUAGACAUGCCACUGCCACAAUCGCAGCCAUGAAUGGUCGGAAAAUUCUGGGUAAGGAGGUGAAGGUUAACUGGGCCACGACCCCAACCAGCCAAAAGAAAGACACAAGCAGUCACUUUCAUGUCUUUGUCGGAGAUCUAAGUCCUGAAAUCACCACGGACGACAUUAGAGCAGCUUUUGCCCCGUUUGGAAAAAUAUCGGAUUGUCGAGUGGUGAAAGACAUGGCCACAGGUAAAUCUAAAGGCUAUGGCUUUGUCUCCUUCUUUAACAAAUGGGAUGCAGAGAACGCCAUCCAGCAGAUGGGAGGACAGUGGCUGGGAGGGAGGCAGAUCCGGACCAACUGGGCCACGAGGAAACCUGCUCCCAAAAAUUCAAAUGAAACUCCCAGUUCCAAACAGCUGUCCUUCGACGAGGUUGUCAACCAGUCCAGCCCGAGCAACUGCACCGUGUACUGCGGCGGAGUGACAACAGGCCUCACAGAGCAAACCAUGAGACAGACCUUCUCCCCCUUUGGCCAAAUAAUGGAAAUACGAGUUUUCCCAGACAAAGGAUACUCAUUUGUGAGGUUUAACUCCCAUGAAGCAGCAGCACAUGCCAUUGUUUCCGUCAAUGGCACAUCCAUAGAGGGCUAUGUGGUGAAAUGUUACUGGGGCAAGGAAACAACAGACAUGGUUAGCCCUAUCCAGCAGGUACAGAUGCCACAGCAGAACACAGUGAGCUUUGCGGCGCAGCCCUACAGUCAGUGGGGUCAGUGGUACAGCAACACGCAGCAGAUUGGUCAGUAUGUGCCCAAUGGAUGGCAGGUGCCCAGCUACGGAGUCUACGGGCAGACCUGGGAUCAGCAGGGCUACAAUCAUUUACACGCUGGAGCCGGAUGGACGGGUGUUGGCGCGGUGAGCAACGGGGGCAUGGUGGAAUCCGGACAGGGGGUCAACGGGACGGUUCUAACCAACCAGGCCGGCAUGAGCACCGCCGGCUUCCACACCCACUGAUCAGUGAUCCAAGUAGCCGUCUCUGAGCCUCUGAGGCCGCGUGGAUGACACUCUGCUGGGGGGGGGGGGGGGGGGAAGGAGCGCAUUAGAUGUGCUGUCUCUGUUACCACACACAGUUAUUCUGUUAGCGAGGCUGGUAUGCCAUUUUUUUAUCAACCUCCACCAGCCCAUAACCUAGCCCACUGCCCAAACUCUGCAAGUGUACAGAAAUCAAUUCACUCCAGAACAAUUACACACUAUUAAUAACAGCUAUUGCUAAUGCACCUUGCAUUCCUGGGCCCAUUUUAUUCUUUGGCGUAUUUUUGUACUGCCUCCGUAUAACUGGCCAAAUGUAAAAUAUACAACCGUGUCAUGAUAUUUCUAGCACAGCCACAUAUUAGUUUAGAAGAAAAGGAAGUGUCCAAUGAUUAAAUCUAUAAUAAAACACUUUUUUUUUUUUUUUUUUUUUUUCAGCCCCUCAGAGCCAAAGAGCAAGGGCAGAAUUUUAUACCAAUGUUUAACAAUCAUACAGGGAGAUGAGGGUCACCAUUUUUGCCGCAGAAAGUCCAUCGUAAUGUGUGGAGCGAGCAAGGGGGUGCGAUUUUAAUUUUUCCUAAAUAAUAAAACAAAACAAAAAAAGUUAAAAAUAGUCCGAGCAAGUUCUCAGGGUGUUGUGAGGUCAUUCUGUGAAACGUAGGAAAUCACUGAGUCCAGAUGAGGCAGGUUUUAGAGGGAAAGUGGACGCCAUAAAAUAAAAAGGUAAAUCUCUGCGCUCCUUCUUCGAUUCAUCUUCUGGAACGGACCGAAUGGACUGGAUUCAAUCUGUGAAUAAGAAAUGAUGUGUGUGUGCUUGCGUGUGUGCAUGAACUCUGAUGCUUUUUACACACAAACACAACGUCCUGAUUCAUCUCCCCCAUGAAAAACUGAAAGGACUACUUCAAUUUUUCUUUUGCUGUCAUUAUUAUUAUUCUCUCAAAAUGCUGACAUUGUAUAAAGAGCUUGUUUUUUUUUUUUUGCCUUUUUGUGUUUAAUUUUCGGGACUGUCUUACAAAGAAAACGUUGCAGUGACACCAUCGAAUCAUGUUUCACCUUCUGUUUGUUUAUAAAAGUGGCUGUCAACUGUCAACAUUAUUUUUUAAAUUAGAUUUUCAAUAUCUCAAGUCGAUUGCAGGGAUUUACUGCCACGCUUAUCUUACUUACAGGCAGACAAUAUUGCACAAAUACUUAAAAGUUAUCUUUCAAAAAAAAACUUCAAAUACUAGGGAUUUUUUUUUUAUGUUUUUGCAUUCCACUUUGUUUUUGUAAUUUGCUUUUGGAACUCUGUUUUCUGUGACAGUCUGUUCAAUUGUACUGAAUCUGUAUAAAGACAACGUGUUACUUGCUUCUGGUCGGGGUAAUGGUUUCCAGAAACGGCUGUUUUGACAGUAGCAUCCCUGUCUGUCCAGUGCUGGUCCGUGUACAGUCGAGGAAAGUGCGAGGUGUGAUUCUUCCACAGGACGAGCAGCAUUGCUAUGUAAUGCACACAGAGAAGAAGAAGAAGCCUUUCGAUUGAUGAGUAAUAACCUAAUUUAAGUUAUUCUGUUGUUAUCCUAAAUAACGAUUGUUUUUAUAGAUUAAGAAACAACCUUCUAGGAUCAGAUUUUUUGCACUGUGGCCACCAUCAUUUUUAAUAUAGUUGGGGAAAAAAAAUCCAUUGUGUUGCCUUAUUAUCAGUGAGUUUCUUUUAAUUUAACCAAAAAGUCAUCCGAGAGUAGGCGGUGCCUAAGAAUGUGUUCAACCUAUGUUUUUGGCAAGGGAAGUUCUGUUGAUGCUUCAGUAACAUGGUUUGAGUUUUUGCUUUGUCCCAUUAAAUUGCUGAUGCUUAAAACA